UUCCGCCAUAUACCUCAAGUAUAUGGCUGGUGAGCUGUUUAAAUAGAGGGGGCUAAAGUGGGCUAAGUUCGGUUUUUCAUCAAACGAGACGUCACACAAACUACGUGGCUACGAACGGGAUUGAUGCAAAAUAAAGCAAUUUCAGUGACGCGAAUCAACCUGCUCAAAUCGUUGCUGCAAGUCCUAUCGAUUAGCCGAGUCAUGGCAAAUACACGCGGUGCCACCUGCCAGACAUGGCCAAAGGAGCAACCGGCCAUGCCCAGAACAGUUACUGGCAUUGGGCUGCUAAACCAGUGCCGGCAGGUGGAGGAGCCCCGGGUGCAGGUGAAUCUGGACAAGUUCAUGGCCCUAUCGGACAAGUUUCCCGUUGAGUUUCCGACCGACACCUGCCGUGUUAAGGCGCAGCCGGCGGGCCGCUUCGCGAACAUUCAGCAGCAGGUGGCGUCCGCCUAUCCCGUCAUACACGAGCGAACCCUGCUCCUAUACAUCAGCUUCCUGGAGCACAAACUGGAGUUCGGCAACAGCCGGUAGAAGAGCGUAUACAAGGGCAUGUCUCUGGUGGACUUUGUGCAGCGUCUGCUGAGCAAACGAUGUGUGUGGUUCCUCCGUGGCAGGGACUACUACCGUCUACUGGAUGGUAGCGUUGGUUUUGAGGGCUUCGAGUCGGUGGGCAGCGCAACAGAAGUGCCACCUCUCCUGCUGGCCGACGUGCUCAGCUACGACGAGAUCAAGCUGUCGGCUCUCCUCUAUGUCUCCACGCACUCGGAGUUCAUCAACAACGGACGACGGUCCAAUGCCGGCGAGGUGACCCAGGACAAGAGCACCAUCGAGAGGGAGGGCGUCAUCGUGGGCCUGAUCGGUGCCCGCUUCGGGCGUCCCAAUGUGAUGGAGUACCAGGACAUUAUCAUCUCGCCCACACAAAACAUUGAGGCCAAUGGCUAUGGCUUCGACACGAGCGAGAAUGCCACCCGCGCCUCCGACUACCGGCGGCUCUGGCGCGGGUUCUACGAGGAGCCGAGGGACUUUAAAUACACAGAGGCCGCGGUGGAUGGGCAGCGUUUCUCAUGGGAGCGUCUCACCCACAUCGGGGUGGUGCAUUUCUCGUGGUUCCACCUGAAGCGGCUGCGCAGCCUGCACGACGGUGCCACCAUGCCGCAGACGGGCAUCCGCAUACGCAUCUCCGCCCGCAAUCCGGCCGACAAGCUGGACGAGGACAUGCUGCCGGUGGUUACCUAUGCCUGGGAUGGCAAUGCCCUGCCCGGCAAUGAAUUCUGGGCGGGAAAUCUUGUCGGCACUGCCGAUCCAGCGGCCGCCUGUUCAACACUCAUCUCGGAGCUGCAGAAUCCCCACAUCAAUGCGGACUACAUGAGCGGCCACAACCUGCACAUAGCCUCAGUGGAGCACGGCCUACUGCACAUUGGGGAGUACGCCCGGCGAGUGACGGCCACUGCGGAUGGAUAGAGCAUUAAUCCCAAUAUCUCAGCAGCGGGUUGUACCUCAGUGUUCCUUCUUGUACUUCUAACUUUCGGCCUGAGGGACUGGGGCUGUGACAUCCGGAGGUUUUCUUUUAUUUCAAUCGUCAGUCUGCUCCAAUGAUUUCGGAAAGAUCAAAUCUUUAUCGUCUUGUAAUAUUAUACGAUAAAUAUUUAUAAACAUUUAGUGGAAGCCCCAACUGCUCUCUCAUGGAUAUCAUCGUUAAGCUCAGCCAGAAAUACGAAUAUCUGUGGGAAAUAUUAUCAUUACCCGAAGUGAAAUCUGGACACUAGACGAUUUUUAAACAAUUCUUCGCUGAUAAUCAAUCAUGCCCAUUAAAAUCAUGUGUAACAUGAUCGAUCAUGGGAAUUAUUCAAAGGAAGCGCACUGGUAUCAUCUUCACUUAAUCCAAACAAAAGUCUAGACAGGGAAUCGGAUUUACUUUACAGAUAAAUAUCAUUUGAGGGGAGACUUUAAUCAGAACAGAAACAAAUAUCGCGUUGCUAGAGCUGAAAUCUUUUUUUGGCUGAGAAAAUAAUCAUUUCUUAUGAAUCAACCCACAUAUAUGUGCAGUACAUGCCAAAUACAUACAUAUGUACUCUUGUAUUUGUUUGAAAGGGUCAUGAAAGGGCCCGCAUUUGUAUGAGAAUUUGAAUGAGAAAAUAAUAAAUAGAAUUGUUUGUGUGUUCGCGUUAACCAUUA